AUGACUCGGCAUCUCAUCGAACGACCAGCCCAGAUUUACUCCUCGUCUCUGGGUGGCUCAUUCAGGCCAUCCUACACCGACGACGACCUGCCUGUUGACCCCUCCAAGAAGACAACUCUCACCAUCAUCACAACCUCUCUUCUCAUUCCCGGCAACGGCGAACCCAUAAAAGAUGCAGCCCUCGUCAUAUCCUCGAAGCUCAUCGCCUGGGUCGGCCCGCAAUCGUCAAUCCCCAGGGAAUACACCGAAUCACCUCACAAGUCCUACUCGAUCCCAUACCUGAUGCCCGGUCUCUGGGACUGUCACGCUCACUUUAACGGAGGAUCCCCCAACGCAGGAUCGAGCAGCGACCCGUAUCAAGUCUUCAUCACCGAGCACCCCGCCGCAUCCGGCGCUCGUCUCACGCGCAUGUGCUGGCUGGCCCUGCAGAGAGGAUACACGUCCCUCCGCGAUGUGGCAGGCAUGGGCUGCGAGAUCUCCCGCGCCAUCGAGGACGGUACGAUCGUAGGACCCAACGUCUACAGCUCCGGUGCAUGUAUCAGUCAGCUGGCUGGCCACGGUGACGUCUUCUCUCUCCCAGCUGGAGACGUGCUGCUGAACCUGGGGUGUCGUCGCGCUGUUCGGUUGCAGAUUCGGCGAGGGGCAAAGUGCAUCAAGGUUAUGGCUUCCGGUGGUGUCAUGUCCCGCGACGAUAAUCCGCUCUAUGCACAGUUCAGUCCCGCGGAACUCGAAACCAUUGUGGAAGAGGCAAACAGACAGAAUCGCGUGGUCGCGGCGCAUGUCCACGGCAAACCCGGCAUCAUGGCCGCCAUCAAGGCCGGUGUCACAACGUUGGAGCACGUCUCCUUUGCUGACCGUGAGUGUAUCGAUCUCAUCAAGGAGAAGGGCAUCAUUUACAUCGCCACGCGUCUCGUCAUGGACUUGCUGCUCGGUACCGGAGGGAAGGGGAUACCUCCCACGGCGUGGGAAAAGGCAAAGCUAUGUGCCACGAAUCAUUUGGUGGCGUACAAGAUGGCCAUCGAGGCUGGUAUUCCGAUUGCCCUGGGUACAGAUACAGGACCCGGGUUCAAUAUGGCGAUGGAGUUGGAGGCGGCCGUGAAAGCCGGCAUGAGCAACCUGGAGGCUAUCAAGGCGGCAACAGCCAACGGGCCGCUCAGCGUGGGUGGGCAAGCGCCCAAGACGGGACAGCUGAAAGCUGGAUACGAGGCAGACGUUCUUGGGUUGUUGGAGAACCCAGUGCAAGACGUCAGGGUGCUACAAAAGAUUGAGAAUGUCGCAUGGGUCUGGAAAGGAGGUUCUCUCUUCAAGGGGCCUGGUAUUGGGCCUUGGGGUGAGGAUCCUAGUUCCUUUGACGAGUGGUCUGCGGCCACAUACAUUCGUUCAUAG